UCCUAUAUUAGGUCAGGCUUUGUAUCCCCAUUCCGAUUGGAAUAAAACCAGCACAUACAACCCUAAUUCGUCCUACUUCUCUUCCCUCAAUUUUCUCUCUCUUUUGGAGCAUCCGAAAAUGGCUGAUUCUCACCGUAACAGGUAUUCGAGGUCUCCAUCACCUCGAAAGGUUAGAUCAAGGUCCCAAUCUAGGUCUAGGUCGAGGUCUAGAUCAAUGUCUCCUCCAAGAUACCGUUCCCGCUCUCGUUCCAGGUCAAGGUCCGGAAGUCAUAGCAGAGUUGAGAGGGAUGAAUCGAAUCCUGGAAACACACUUUUUGUGACUGGUCUCUCAUCCAGAGUUACAGAAAGAGAACUUGAAGACUUCUUUUCCAGGGAGGGAAAGGUGAGCUCAGUGUUUUUGGUUGUGGAGCCACGUACGCGCGUAUCGCGAGGUUUUGCUUUUGUAACCAUGAGCAGUAUUGAAGAUGCUGAUCGGUGCAUCAAAUACCUUAAUCAAUCUGUUCUUGAAGGUCGAUACAUCACUGUUGAGAAGUCGAGGAGGAAACGGCCAAGAACACCGACACCUGGGCAUUAUCUUGGCAUUGGCACGUCCCGUCGCAGAUACCGUGGUGGGUAUGGACGUGAUGACUACACUCAUAGGAGAUCACCAAGACGUUCACCAUACCGUGGUGGUCGAGGCUAUUCUCCUCGUCGUUCUCCUUACGCUGAAAGGUCAAAGAGGUACCGAUCAAGGUCCUACUCUCCUUAUGGAAGCCCAGACAGAGGAUAUGGUCGUCGAUCUGGUGUCUAUGCCAGAUAAGAAAAAACUUGAUGCAAUCUCGAGACGAAUGGAACUAAAAAAACCUUUAGAAUGUGGUGAAUGCACAAUGGUUUUAUCAGUUUUAGUAGUAAUUAACUGCUCUGUUUAUUCAGACUUUGUUAUCAAAGAUCAUAUGCAGUAUGCACUUGAGACUAGUAAUAUCGGGUCAUGUACCCAGUUUCGAAUGUAGGAUGAAAUUAUUGCUGUAUCAUCUGCGUUAUUACUUUUCUAUUUUAUGUUAACUACUAUGAUGUUUCUGCGUUA